UGUCAUGGAUAACCAGAAAACGCCCAAGACAUAAGAUUACUUCCUCGAUCAGCGAAUAUCGAACAUAUCAUCGAUAUCGCGACGUCAGCAGCAUAAAAAGAAUAACCAGCAUAACACUAUCCAUUACGGACAUGGCAGAAGCCGCCCCGAUACCAGAAUACAGAUGCUUGAUUUGUACGACACCUUACAAAGAUCCGAGGCAGCUACCUUGUGGUCAUACCUUCUGCUGCCGAUGUCUGACGUCAUACGUCGAAGCGGAACACGUCACAGCAGACGAGGAUCGGCACUACUUCCCGUGUCCGGUCUGCGAUGCACCGAGUGCUCCUCGUGACGUCAGUACGGAUGUAAGUACAUGGGCGGAAUGUUUCCCAAUAAAUAAUUUGUACCUUAACCCUAUAACAGCAGAGACGUCUGAUGUUCAUCUCUGUGCACCAUGUCAACGAGGCAAAGAAUCCAAUCCAGCCGAGGUCUGGUGUACCGACUGUGGUGAAAAACUCUGUAAACAAUGCAGAAUAUAUCAUGAGCGGAGCAAGGCAUCAUCAAGCCAUCGGCUUGUCUCCGUUUCCACUAUUGUCGGUGGAAUCUGCGAUGUUAUGGUCAACGAAAUCUGCCCCAGCCACGAUGGAAAGCAGUUGGAUGUCUAUUGUGUAGACCACAGUGUCAUGUGUUGUGGUGUCUGUGUGUCGGUGUCACACAGGCACUGUAACAAUGUUAAACCAAUAGAGGAUGUGGUCAGGAAGACUAAGACCGGACAACACACCAGGGAGACAGAAUUGAAGGAGUUGAGCGAGGAAACUAAGAAGAUGUUAGACGAUGACGAUUUGGGGAUGACCCUGCUUACCUCCACAGAAAAGGAAGUGUCGGCGGAAAUGACGAACAGGAUACAGCAAGCUAAAGAUAAGCUUGAUAACCUCAACGUAACAUACCAGUUAGACCUCGCGGAUAAGUGCAAAGCACUCAGGAAAAAGAUAUCUGCUCGACGGAUGUGUGUCAACACAUUCAACACCAAUGCGGAAAAUUCACAUCUAUUGAUGUCCCAUUUAGAUCAACAGAUAUCAGAACGUCACAAGUUUUUCAUAAGAGAACAAACAAAAAAUCAAAUACCAGGACAUUACCGUCGUAUGGAUCAAAACACAAAGAAACAACCGAAUAGAUUUGACAUCACACUCAAGUUAGGAACAAUAAUUGACGAAAUCAUGAAAAUGACAACUUUGGGAAAUGUUGACGUGACCUCGGCAAUAACAGCUGUAACUCAAAACGCGAAUGUAUGUAUAGGCACAAUGAUUGAGACCUUGCUUUCGACACCUUCAGCUUCAACAUUAGCGGACUCGACUUCGACCUCCGACCUCACGGGUUCAUUGCAGUAUUUGACCGUCCAGCCAACUCCAGUAAAGGCAGCGGUUGAUGUAUGGACCGGCUCAGUCUCUUGUGUAAAGACGGUAGACAGUAGUACACUAGGAGUGUCACCUACACCUUCGUUGGCGGGAGGUAUGUUUACUGACAACAAUGAAUUACUUCUGACAGAUAGCAGGAACAGCAGAAUCUUACUGUUUGAUGACACGUAUUCUAACGUGGCAGAAUUAAACAUUGAUGGGUAUCCAACAGAUAUAGUACAUGGACGUGCCGAUGAUGAAGUGUUUGUGGCUGUAAACAAAGAUGAAAUACUGAAGUGUAAACUAAGGAAUGGUCAGCUAACCUUGAUCAACAAGAUCAGCUGUUCACGUGGAACAGUAGGUAUAGCAUUUCUCGGGAACAACAUCCUGGUCGAUACAUUGGAAAGUGUGAAGGUUAUGACAGUAGAUGGGAAGGUCACCAAGACAAUAAAGAAAGGUGGAAAUCACGCAUUUCUCGCCACAUCUCUUUCGAGUGCCACUGUCUAUCACAAAGAUAACCAUGACGUGGUGUGUAGACGACUGGACAGUGACGUAGAAGUCUACAGGUACAGAGAUCCCCGUCUUAAUGAUCCUAGAGGUUUUGGACUUGACCGGGAUGACAAUUUAUAUGUAUGUGGACAUCAAUCUGGAAAUGUUCACCUUGUUUCACCUGACGGGUUACGUAGGAGGAUACUGGUAUCCAAUCUAUCUAGUAUCUCCUAUCCUUGGUGUGUAGUAGUUCAUCCAACCAGACAGGAGUUUGUUGUCACUUCUGUUAGUGAGUCUACGUUACUCGAAGUGUACAGAUUUAAGAGCAAAUAAGUACAAAAGUAAUUCAAUGAGAAAUUUAGAUAUGAUAUCAGACAAAUAUUUAAGAACAAAUCAGGAAUCCAUAGUCACUCCACGUAUCUACGUCUCUAUAGGUAAACAGAAUUACUGUAAAGGAACCAUUGCAGUGAGACAAAAUCAUUCAAACGUUUGGAAAAUAUUUUAGAGCAAAGUAAAUCCAUGCAGGACCUCGCACACGUAGAGAUGUCAAAACAGUUCCGAUUUCAUAUGAUCUCGUGUGGAGUUUGAAAAGGUUAAAUAUUUAAUGUGUCCUAUGAUUAUCAAACACAUGCAUGAAGAAAACCACAUUUUGUGAACCAUAAACAAAUCAAAGGAUGAUACCGUCAAAUCUGCCUUUGGAAGGGAUUUCUGACGUCAUGGUAUAUUUCUUGUGACGUCAUGAUGGAAGGCAAUUCACAUGCAACGCUACAUUUCAGCGAGUACGAAGCUAAAUAUCUGUUGUUGUUUUUUUGUCGCCACUAUUGGAGUAUAUCCUAGCACAGGACCAAUAAUACAGAAAUGAGAAAAAAUAUCGGUAAAACUAUUGCAGUAGAGGUGGUUACGUUGUGAAAGAUUAGGUCAACUCCUCUGGGUUUUAUUCACAGUCAGUUUAUUAAAUGAAUGUCAUAUUUAACAUUUACAAAUGCAAGGAAAAUAACUUUUACACGAUUACAUAACUUUACCCUUACUAAUCUAGCAUAAACGAUAAGGCGAUACGAAUCACAAUUACAACUUUUACGAAAUACAAUCAAACUCAAGAUUUGACUUUGGAGUCCAUAUAUAUGACCGUGGACGAGUCAAGGGUCAUGGCUGUGGAGUGAAGAUGUUGAGUAGCGUCCUCUGUGUAAUUUUGUCGAUAAUACAUCAAAAACUGUCCGGAAAUGCCUAAAAACCUGCAUACGCGUCCAUAUUUGUAUAUAAUGACACAACCUUAAAUGUCAAACAUUUGAAAAAAGGAGCUGAAAGUGACCUUUGUAGUCGAUGUAUUUUCCACCUGCUAUGUAAACACCCCACCCGAUACGCAGGUGUACACGUGGAAAUAGACAUACAGGUACAGGUGCGCGUGCAGCGUGCAUCUAUACUGUCCGAACACUGAGUACAUAUUGUACAUUCUCAAACUUAUGUAUUGACAAUUAUUGACAGUUUGUGUCCAGAUGUUUGGCAUCAAACUAUUGAUAUGGAACAGUCCGUUACUGACAUGUAUACAAUUACGGGUUUCAGUGAUAUUGCCACGUGCUUUGCUAAAUUACACGUGCAGAUAACUGCCAUUAGCAUAGAUGUGCAUGUCCUGAAGGAUACAGUAUCCAAGCUAGAACAGUUUGCCAAUAACACAAAUGAGCGCAUUAGCGAAUUACUUGAGUCAACUCUACCAAAUCUUGAAAAUAAUACAGACAAGGUAACCGAGGAGGAGCAAGAACGGCUGGUUAUGUGGUCCCGAAGUGGAAUUUGGUGAUUCGGGGAAUUGACGGUGCUCUACGGGAGAAACCCAGAGUCACCCAAGUACGGGACUUUUUUAUUCAAAAGUUAAAAAUGUCGGAGAAAAAAGCAACGUGCAUGCUUUUUACUGCAGUGAACCGCCUCCAGGUGGCAGUGAGGGUAAAAACAACGACUUAGUAGUCUCCUGGACAAGGAUGAGGUAGUGGAGGCAGCUUACACCCUCACUUCCGGUUCCGGGUAUAGUGUGGUGCCGGACUUGCCACCAUCGGCGAGCAAACGUCGAGGCGAACUACUGAAGGCUCGGAGGGACAUGUAGCCAUCAGAACGCUCAAAAUACAAACUUGUUCACAAAAAAGAUUAUCCAUUUGUUGAACUUGUAGCAAAAAAUGAUCUACGUCAGUAACAAAAAAUAUGUUGUGGAUUUUGUGAAUGUUAUUUUUUGUGUGUGUUUUGACCGAGACGAAGUGCGGUAAUUAAAAGGAAACAACAACAUGUUUUUUCUUAGUAAAACACAGAGUCGAGUGGAAAUCGAUGAAGUUUUUUAAUUUGUAAUUGUAGAAACAGUGAUCUUGUUAAAACUGUUAAUAAUUUUUUGUGGGUCUGAAAAUUAUGAUUAUUGUUGCUUUUUGUAUAACAAAACACCAUAACUUUUAUUUUUCGAUGCAUGCAUAUGAAAAUGUUUGUCAAGAGUUGUCGUCCUUUGCACGUUGAGCGAGUGGAAAGGGCGGCAGCUCGGGUUGGGGAUCGGUAGUAUUGAUAACUAUAAGUAAACCGCAAUCGUUCUUGAAAUGGUGCAGAAUUGGAAGCGGAAAGUGCGGUUUUAGUUUGUGUGUUUUAUGUUUUAAUACCUAAAUCAUACCUGUAUAUUUACAAUAUAUAUAUACAUAUACUUUUUGAAUGAAAUAUGUAUAUAUUCAGUUUAAAUGCAGGUCAUCAACGAUAUCAAGGAAUGUCGUAUGGUUUGUAUGUGUUCAGAGUUGUCGUUCUGAUUAAUGAAUUGUAUUGAUAAAUGUAUAUGUUAAUUGUAUUAAUUGUAUAUC